AUGGACGGAGUCGUGCACAAGACGGGUUUGACGGUGGUGUAUGAGCCCAAGAAGGCAAGAGAUCAUUCGGUUGAUAUUGUCUUUGUCCACGGCAUCCUCGGCCAUCCUAAAGACACAUGGACAUGCAGCCCCAAGGAUUCGAAAGCCAUUUCAGAACCAAACGAUUCUGAUGAGAAUGAUCCUGAUCUCGACCACCCGCCGUCAAAGCGGCGUCGGAUUGAGCCCGCAAUACAGUCAAACGAAGUCUUCUGGCCCCGAGAUCUACUGCCUGAAGCUUUACCGCAGGCAAGAGUCAUGACAUGGGGCUAUGACGUGAGCCUGAAAAACAUGCUAUCACCAAAAUCCAAGGACUCGGUGUUUCACCAUGCGGGAGUCUUGUUAUCUGAUCUAGCCCUGAGGAGGAGCUCGGACUCCGCUAAGAGGAGACCGCUGAUCUUUAUUGCCCAUAGCUUGGGCGGUGUAGUCGUCAAAGAUGCCUUGAGUCGAUCAAGAAACGAAGCCACAUGGAUCGAUGAGAUCCUUCCCACGACACUCGGAGUGAUGUUUCUUGGCACACCCCACCAUGGCUCGAAAGCUGCGGGACUCGGAAAGAUUGCUAUGAAUUUGAUUAGGACCUUCUACUGGAAUGCUAAUGACAAAAUCUUGAGCGCAAUCACGGAAAAUUCAGAGACCCUUGAUCGAAUAACCCGGAGCUUUGGACAGAUCCUUGGUGAUGGCAAAGUCAAAGUACAUUCCUUCCAGGAGGAGCUAAAGACCCAUGGCUACAUGAUCGUGCAGGAACAAGCUUCCAGCAUCGGAUAUCUGGGGGAAACGAAAGGCUACAUCCAUGCUAAUCAUAAGGAGAUUGCGAAAUUCCGCGACUCUACCGAUAGAGGCUUCCAAAGCAUAAUCGCCGUCUUAGGACGUUGGCUUGAGAGCGUCAAUCAAGCUCCAGAUCAGCCGAGUACUGUAGUGAAAUCUGGAAUCAAGUCUUCCAAGCUUCCCGACGGUCUUAUCUUUGACGAGGUGUACAAUAAAGAAUGCGAAGAUUGCCUUAAAUCACUCAACAUCGCAGCAGCAAGGACGCGUAUGGAGAAUGUCACGCCAGCAUAUUAUGACACUUAUAAGUGGUUAUAUGAUGACAUGACUGGCUUCACUUCCUGGCUUUCGGGCAAAGACGAGAGGCCAAUUUUUUGGAUCAACGGAAAGCCGGGCUCUGGUAAAUCUACCCUAAUGAAAUAUGCCAUGGGCCACACCAAAACUAAAGGGUUUCUGGAGCAAUAUGAUUCGAACAGCUGGAACAUAGCCGGAUACUUCUUUCAUGAUCGGGGCACCGAGGUACAAAAAUCGAUCAACGGUUUUCUGCGCGAAAUUCUUUACCAAAUUUUGCAACAGCAACCGGACUUGUUCACCUUCAUAUACUCAAUUUGGACAAGUGUGAAACGAGACACACAUAACACCGAACGGCCCGAGGUACGUAGUUGGAAGCCAAGCCAUAUCAAAGAUGCCAUUAGAUCAAUUGCCUCCAAGUCAACCUACCCAUUAAACCUCUGCUUAUUCGUCGAUGCCUUGGACGAACACGAUGGAAAACACCAGGAAUUGAUUUCGACCUUGAGGUCUUUGACGCAGUGUGAGCAAAAUUCGUACUUUCGCAUCCGUCUAUGCGUCGCAGGACGUCCGGAAAACGUCUUCAGGACUGCAUUCUCAGAUUACCCAGGAUUUGCCAUUCAUGACUAUACAACAAGCGACAUUCGACAUUAUGCCGAAGAUAGAAUCCGCAAGGAGCAACGAGGUGAACUCACAGUUGAAGGCACUGAUGAACUCCAAUCACUGGUCAGCGAUAUCAUGGCAAAAGCCCGCGGCGUCUUUCUAUGGGUCAGGCUGGUCGUCAACGAAUUGAUUGAAGGAUUGACGGACGGUGCGACAUUCGACCAAUUAGAAAGACUGCUGUCUGAAAUCCCAGUGGAACUUGAGGAUCUCUACGUUCGAGCCAUGCGUCGUGCGAGACUUUCCACGGCUAUGACUUUGGAGAAUUCUGGCUAUGAGGUUUUUGCCAUCUUUCAAAUUGCAAUAUCUGCACUCGGGCCUUUCACCAUGACCGAUAUGCUCAUGGCAGCCCAUUUUCUAACGACGGGUAAGCCUGCACAGCCUGUAUUCCGGAAGAUGUCGUAUGAUCAGAUGGUACGGCGACUCAACGCCUUGUCUGGUGGGCUUCUAGAAGUUUUCAGUCAUUGGAGGACCUCCAAGCCGGAUAUGGUCCAAUUCAUCCAUCAAACCGUUAAGGAGUUUGUAAUGGUCAAAGCAGGCGAGAAGAUGAUCAAAGAGAACGUCGGUGAACAUGUAAUGGAGAGUGGCAGGGUCCUUAUUUUUCGGUCUCUUCUUUGCAGCUUAGCAUAUGGUGACAUUCGACAUCAACAGCGACAUUCUUCAGGCACCCCGGCAGAGACAGAUCCUGGGCAUAAAGAUAUCGCUUUCAUGUCCGCACGAUACAAUUUAGCUACAUCCGAGUUCAUGCAAUACGCUCUGAGCCUGGAAAUCUGCGAGAACGUCUGCGUAGCAGACUUCAUAGAGCCGCUGUUACAGGCAUCUCCCCCAAGCGAUACAGACGAUCUGCUCACCCGCAUCAUCUGGACGCACCUCGAACUCAAAUGGAUCAAGACAUUCCGCGAAGUGAGUGACCAACCUGACGUCCAAGUCUUGCUGUUCUACACCCUCCUCAACCUUCACCUAUCCUUAGAGCAGGCUCUACGAUCGCGUCAAAGCAUCAUAAAGGAAGCCGGCGUCGCUGCCCUCCUCGUCAAAGCAGCGGUCUUCAAAGAACCCGCAGCGACUUCUGAAUGCAACGUCACCUUUAAUGGCCAAUCUCAAACGCUCGGCAAUUCAGCCGGGCCCCUUGAACCCUCGCCACAAGUCCUUGAGGUGUUUCUGGAACAGAAUGUGAAUGCCUGCCUCACGCAGACUGACGUCAUGUAUUUAAACGGUAUCAUGCGUCAUAGGACUCUAAAUCAAAUGGACCGUAUCUUGGUGCCAGAAUUGAGUGAUCUUUGGGAGAAGCUUAUGUAUGGAAAUCUUACGGCGGGGGCAAGGGUGGAUGAGGGGGAGAUGGAGGCAACCACUUGUGCUACUGAUCAAGUCGGUUUGGUAAAAGGCAAUGGGUCGGAAAAGGGGAUGGCAGGGAAAAGGACGGGGAGGAAACGUGGUAGGCCGAGAAUCAAACGGGAGUAG